GGCUGGGGUUUCGCGGCUCCAGGGCUCAGCAUGGCUUCCUCACGAGCCUCCUCCACGGCAACCAAAACUAAGGCACCUGAUGACUUAGUUGCUCCUGUUGUGAAGAAACCACAUAUCUAUUACGGAAGUUUGGAAGAGAAGGAGAGGGAGCGUCUGGCCAAAGGAGAGUCUGGGAUUUUGGGAAAAGAAGGACUUAAAGCUGGAAUUGAAGCAGGAAAUAUUAACAUAACCUCUGGAGAGGUGUUUGAAAUUGAAGAGCACAUCAGUGAACGACAGGCUGAAGUAUUAGCCGAGUUUGAGAGAAGAAAGCGAGCCCGGCAAAUCAAUGUUUCCACUGAUGACUCAGAGGUCAAGGCUUGCCUUAGAGCCUUGGGGGAGCCCAUCACACUCUUUGGAGAGGGUCCGGCUGAAAGAAGAGAAAGGUUAAGAAAUAUCCUCUCAGUGGUUGGUACUGAUGCCUUAAAAAAGACCAAAAAAGAUGAUGAGAAAUCUAAGAAGUCCAAAGAAGAGUAUCAACAAACCUGGUACCAUGAAGGACCAAACAGCCUGAAGGUUGCUAGACUGUGGAUUGCUAAUUAUUCGCUGCCAAGGGCAAUGAAACGCUUAGAAGAGGCCCGUCUCCAUAAAGAGAUUCCAGAGACAACGAGGACCUCCCAGAUGCAAGAGCUGCACAAAUCUCUCCGGUCUUUGAAUAAUUUCUGCAGUCAGAUUGGGGAUGAUCGGCCUAUCUCCUACUGCCACUUUAGUCCUAAUUCCAAAAUGCUGGCCACAGCUUGUUGGAGUGGGCUUUGCAAGCUCUGGUCUGUUCCCGAUUGCAACCUCCUUCACACUCUCCGAGGCCAUAACACAAACGUAGGAGCAAUUGUAUUCCAUCCAAAAUCCACUGUCUCCUUGGACCAGAAAGAUGUCAAUCUGGCGUCUUGUGCUGCUGAUGGUUCUGUGAAGCUUUGGAGCCUUGACAGUGAUGAACCAGUGGCAGAUAUUGAAGGGCAUACAGUACGUGUGGCCCGUGUAAUGUGGCAUCCAUCAGGACGUUUCUUGGGCACCACUUGCUAUGACCGCUCAUGGCGCUUAUGGGAUUUAGAGGCUCAAGAGGAGAUCCUGCAUCAGGAAGGCCACAGCAUGGGCGUGUAUGACAUCGCCUUCCAUCAGGAUGGCUCUUUGGCUGGCACUGGGGGACUGGAUGCAUUUGGUCGUGUUUGGGACCUGCGUACAGGACGGUGUAUCAUGUUCCUAGAAGGCCACCUGAAGGAAAUCUAUGGAAUAAAUUUCUCCCCCAAUGGCUACCACAUUGCAACCGGCAGCGGUGACAACACCUGCAAAGUGUGGGACCUCCGACAGCGGCGCUGUGUCUAUACCAUCCCCGCCCAUCAGAACUUAGUGACCGGUGUCAAGUUUGAGCCUAUCCAUGGGAAUUUCUUGCUCACUGGUGCUUACGACAACACAGCCAAGAUCUGGACACACCCAGGCUGGUCCCCACUGAAGACUUUGGCUGGCCAUGAAGGCAAAGUGAUGGGCCUAGACAUUUCUUCCGAUGGGCAGCUCAUAGCCACUUGCUCUUAUGACAGGACCUUCAAGCUCUGGAUGGCUGAAUAG